AGCUUCUACCUACAGAGAACAAAAAACGAACUAACGAUCUAAGGAGAAACCGAGAAACCAAAUGGAAGCUAUACUUUCAUAUGACAGUGAUACCAGCGAGAAAAGCAACACAUCUGACAGUGACAAUAAUGCUGCAGCCGAUCUAUUUUCUCACCUGAAGCCAGUGGACAAAACUAACUCAGUUUCGAAAACGAUAGCAUUGAACUCGACACCUGUGGUUGUCCCAACGGAAGACACCAGUGGUUUAAGACAUUUAGAUCCUAAGACAAGAGAAGUGAAAUAUAAUCCAAAGUAUGAUGAGUUAUACGCACCACAGGUUGGACCGACCAAUCCAUAUAAAACACAGCAAUUUUCUGCAACAAGAAACAGUCUGGCAGGUUAUGUAGAGGAUGCACAUGUCAGCAACUUUACAUUUGAAAAUCAGAGAAGAACAUUUCAUAGUUAUGGUUAUGCAAUAGAUCCAACAGUUGAUUCACAGGCACCCUCCGAGGAAACAAUUCUGGGCAGUAAAGAAGCAUUGGAAGAAAAUAAAGGUUUGACAGCCUUUGAAAAAGUAAAGAAACGAGAAGAGGAUAAAAGAAAAAGACUUCGAAACGAUAAUCCCUCAGAUAUUGAGGGUUUUAUAGGACCAUGGGGCAAAUUUGUGGAUGAAAAAACGGUGAUGAAACCAAAUGAGGAAGAGAAGGCUGAGCUAGAUGAGAUUUUAGCCAAACGAGCAAAAACAGGAAAACAAGCGGAAGAAAAAUCUGCCGAGGAGAAAACUACAUUACACAUCAAAGAUGCGUAUGAUUACCAGGGUCGUUCCUUCCUACACAUACCACAGGAUGUUGGAGUCAAUCUCAAGUCAGACUUCCCACCAGAGAAAUGUUUUAUACCGAAGAAACUCAUACAUACAUGGGCGGGACACACAAAAGGUCUUGCUCAGAUCAGAUGGUACCCAAAGUCUGCUCAUUUAUUAUUAUCUGCUAGUAUGGACAGCAAAAUAAAGAUCUGGGAAGUAUAUAAUGACCGGCGAUGUAUCAGAACAUACCUUGGACACAAGCAAGCUGUCAGAGAUAUUAACUUCAAUAACAGUGGAACAGAGUUUCUGAGCUGUGGCUACGACAGAUAUUGUAAACUGUGGGACACAGAAACAGGAGAAUGUAAAGGAAGAUUCACAAGUAGAAAAGUUGCUUAUUGUGUCAAAUUUCACCCUGAAGAGGACAAACAACACUUGUUUGUGGCUGGUACCUCAGACAAGAAAAUUAUCUGUUGGGAUAUUCGUUCAGGGGAGAUAGUUCAGGAAUAUGACAGACAUCUCGGUGCAGUUAACUCAAUAACAUUUGUAGAUCAGAAUAGAAGAUUUGUGUCAACUUCCGAUGAUAAAAGUUUACGAGUUUGGGAAUGGGAUGUUCCAGUAGAUUUCAAGUAUAUUGCAGACCCUUCUAUGCAUUCUAUGCCUUCUGUUACACUAUCACCUAAUGGUAAAUGGUUAGCUUGUCAGUCAAUGGACAACAAAAUUUGUGUGUUCAAUGUUUUAAACAGAUUUAAAUACAUGAGGAAAAAAACAUUUACAGGUCAUAUGGUGGCUGGCUAUGCCUGUGGCAUGGAUUUUUCUCCAGAAAUGACGUACUUGAUAUCGGGUGAUGCUGACGGCAAGUUAUAUAUCUGGGACUGGAAAAGUACAAAACUGUAUUCAAAGUUUAAAGCACAUGAUGACGUGUGUAUUCAGGCAAUAUGGCACCCACAUGAGACAUCAAAGGUGGCGACGGCAGGAUGGGACGGUGUGAUCAAAUUCUGGGAUUGAGAAGUAGAAGCUAAUUUUGCAGAAAUGUUAAUACUGAAUAACGGGCAGCAUGAAGUAUCGGAACACAGUAAUUCAUCAGUGCACAUCUUACGAUACCGUAGUAAAUCCGUAUGCAUUGCAAAAUGUGUGAAGAAUGCAAGCUUCUUCUGGUUUAGGACUAUGAGGUUAUAAGGCAAAUUGAAAGGUCGUCAAAACAUCAUGUUAGAUGGUGUACAAUACUUCUUCUGUAUGUAAAAAACAUCAUGUUUGGGAGUUUUAAAGUUGAUUAGGACAAUUGGACUAAUUGUGUGUAAGUCCUGUUAAAGGAGAGUAUUCACUUUGAUUCCUGAUAUUAUUACAAGACUCCGUACAUAAAUCACCAGUACAUAGUUUAUGCUAUUGAUGGGUCUGUAAUUCAACACUUAAUUUAGCUGGGCUAAUAGAUAAUUAUGAUGUCAUGUAAUAAAACUGGCCAGUCUGUAGUCAGAACUAUUGCCCUUGUACCUUUAGGUAUAUUGAUAAUCUAACAACCCUUAGACGGAUUGUUAUCUUCCAUAUACAGUUAGUGUUUUAACUUAAACAUGUGUUGGUAAUUAGAGCCAUCUUAUAAAUGAAAGGAAGAAAAAGUUGCCUUGACCAAGUAUUAUAUGUAAAAUUUUUGACCAAAAAAAAUCUUUCAUGAAUAAUUCUUUUAGUCUGGUUUACUUUUUCAGAUAUUUCUUUGAAUAAAUUUUGCCAGUGUACAUGAAUUUCAAACAUUUUUCAUCCCAAAUUUCAUCCUAUCAUUGUCAUUAAUUGAAAAUGUUCCACAAUGCUGGUAGUUAACCGUACUGCUGGUAGUUAGCUUUCAGUUUUAUAUAAAAUCAGCAGCAAGUCCUGUUACCAUUUACAUGUUUCAUUCUGGACUAGAGAAUAUCUCCUGCAUGUCCACUUACAUAGAGAAUAUUAUACGAGUGUGUUUUCAUACUGAAUUUAUUAAACGGGUUGAUUAAGAUGUUAAAUGCGAGACUCUGCCGAGUAUUUCGUCAAUUUUAUUCAGUGAGUUUAGUGAAUUCAAUGUGGAAAGUCGCAAGUGUAAUAUUCUUUUAAUCACAUGUUAUCUUUUCCUGCCGAAACAUAAAAAAAUCUACUUUCUUUAACUAUUAUAAACAAAGCAAUCUGUCCAACGUCUCCGAUAAACAACAUCAACGUCAAAGGUUUAUUACACUAGUGUAUUGUCAAAUUUAUGUAAUGGCUUUAUUUCACUCCUGCGACGUCAAACAUGUGAUAAAUAUCUGUAAUGUAAAAAUUAAACGCUAUAACUGUAUGAAAUAUUUGUAUGAUGAAAUUCAUUCAAACUGGUGUCAGAUUCUUGAUAACUUAAGCCAUUUAUUUUUAGCUUAAUUUUAAGAUACAAAAAUUAAUGUAUUACAUGAUUUUGUUAUUUUGUAAUAAUAAAGCAAUAAACUGAUCAAAAAGAGAGAA